AUGUGCAAAAAAAGUGAUGAAAAUAACGUUUCCCGAUCUAAACUCCCCGUGGAUGCCCGACUAAUGUCCGACGCCACGACGCAGUACGCGUCCUAUAUAACCUUGUUAUUCCAAUACAGUCGACAAGAUGGCGGCGAGUGGGGAGAGGGCGCCCAGUUGGCCAGGUGCUGCCGCCGCGUCGAGUUCGGCGCUAUAGCUAAC